GUAGAAGUGGAUGAGUAGACACAGUCUCGCUUCCUACUGAGUCUUUACUAAGGGAAUAUUUCACCAUCAAGCUACUGAAACACCACCUCUAUCUGCUGCUAUGUGUAAAGGACUAACAUCACUGCCUACCUGCUGCUUGGAAAGGGCCAAGGAGCUUAAAGCUUGGCUGGGAAGCAUUUUGCACAAGUCCAACUGGAAUCUGCCCUACUGCAAAAUGGGGAAAAAUAAGCCAAGCCUGGAGGAGUGCCUUCAGUGGAAGGAGUCCUUUGAAAAACUCCUGUCCAGCAAAUAUGGACUGUAUGCCUUCUCAGCCUUCCUGGUAUCUGAGUUCAGUGAGGAGAACAUUGCGUUCUACGUUGCCUGCGAAGAUUACAGGAGCACCAAGUCUCUUGCCAAACUACCCGCUAAAGCCCAGAAGAUCUAUGAUGAAUUCAUUGGCAGCAAUGCUCCUCGGGAGAUUAACAUUGACCACGAAACCCGUGACAUCACCAAAGAACAUAUGCUGGCCCCCUCACCAUCUUGUUUUGACCUGGCCCAGCACAAGAUCUACAUGCUCAUGGCCAAAGACUGCUACCCUCGCUUCCUCCGUUCUCCGGCCUACAGGGAACUAGUUUGCCAAGCCAAACCAAGCACCAAGGCCACCAAGCAGCCCUGGCAAGAUAAGAAGGUGUGAAAUCUCUCCAAGUGCCAGUGAAGGAUUAAGUGUUCACCUUAAGGGUUGAGAAGGCAAGAAAGAUAUGGCCUUAGAAGCCGGACGCUGGUGCAAAUACACAGGGAGCAGCAGUGGAUGGCCAUAUUCUAUCAUCUCUCUGAAGAUAAGGAAAGACUGAAGGAAAAAGGAAACCAGAGAAAAGUUGGAGGUUGAUUCCUUAAAGUGGGCUGUUGUGUGAAUACAGAUGAGGUUUGCACUGUAAAGUCAAGAGUAGGUGUAACAGCCUGAGUGACAAUCAAACAGCUGGACAGGAGAAGUGGGAAAAGAACUUUCUCCUUUUGGCAAACUUUGUGAUUGUGAUGUCCCUCUGUCAGUUUUGUACACUGCUUGUGAACAGACAUGCUGGGUAUUUUAUAAAUUUGUAUUUAUUAGUAUUUAUUUUCCUGUAAUAUAUUUGUUGUAUUUUUACCAG